UGAUGUAAUGCUCUGUCUUGACCGACUUCUCCCUGCCUCCGCGGGCCAGAGAAGGCUGAGUUUAGGGAAAGUCUCGACGUCUCUGCUUGUCAAUCAGCAAGGAGCCGCGGGGAGUGAAACUGCAGGGAAGGUCGACGACAGGGACGGAUUUCUAGUCCAAAAAGCACUUCAGUGUCAAUGCGACCACAAUGUUUUGGAAAUUUUUUAUAUAUUUUCAAGGAAAACUGUUUUGGUUUACUUUGAAAUAAGGCAAUAAAGCAAAGCUUUCACUACGCCGAGCUUGACGAGUAUUACUCGCUGCCUCGUUGCAUUUCAGCUUGGGGGAAAACAAACGAAAACAGCGGAUGAUUUACUCUGACAAAGUAUGUAAACUAAAAGGGGGCUCAACUACAGACGGAUAUUGCUGUGUUUAGACAUAUUGUAUUUGAUCUAUCAGCGGAGAGGACUUGAUCCAGGAGAGUUUGUGCCCGCGUCGCUGUCGGGAAGCUCUUCCCGUGUGGACGUGCUGCUGGAAACCAGGAGUGACGGUUGAAACACGAAACCUAAAGUGCGUAUUUUCCUGGAAGGUAAGAAGAAAAUGAGCGGAGGAGAGGUGGUGUGCAUGGGGUGGCUCAGAAAGUCUCCACCUGAAAAAAAGUUACGGCGUUAUGCAUGGAAGAAGCGAUGGUUUGUUCUGCGCAGUGGGAGGCUGUCAGGAGACCCAGACGUGCUGGAGUAUUUCAAGAAUGACCAUGCCAAGAAGCCCAUCCGCGUGAUCGACCUGAACCUGUGUGAGCAGGUGGACGCCGGUCUGUCAUUCAACAAGAAGGACCUGGAGCACAGCUUCAUCUUUGACAUCAAGACUAUCGACCGGAUCUUUUACCUGGUGGCAGACACUGAAGAGGAAAUGAACAAUUGGGUGCGCUGCAUCUGUGAGAUCUGUGGCUUUAACCCCACCGAAUCAGGAGACUCUGGAAAGAUCUCUCACCAAGUAAAUGUGCCAGGCGGUAUGGUGGUGGAUACGGCCCCUAGCGGAGGGCCAGGAGGAGCCUUAGGGGCUUCUGCACUGGCCAACUUGCCUCCUCCCUAUCAGCCUGUCAGCAUCAGACCCUUGGGGUCCUCCUCCAGUCUGGAUGAGCCUCAGGACUACCUUUGGCUGCUCAACUGUGAGAGCAAGAAACCAGAGCCUAACAGUCCAGUGGCUCCUCUUGCUCUAGGAGAGGAGCAGGAAUACCUGCUUUUGGAGGAGUGUGGGAGCAGGAGCGCUCCUCCUGACUGUCAGUCCCGUGGUGAAUGCUCCAAGUCUACCUCCUCCGAACCCGAUUGUAAUGACAACCUCCCAUCCCACCACACUCCCACCUCCUCCUCCUCCAAGCACACCUCGGUCAAUGGUUUCUUUCCUACCCAGCAUGGCGCUGGGCUCUAUGAUUCUCCUCCUUCACGCGGACAGUCGUUCUCAGCCGACUCACAGGGUGUGUACCACCUACCCCGAAGUUACUCUCAGGACACUGUGCUGCUGCCAAAGUCGGCGUCCUCCCUUCCGGCUCCUGAUGGUGAGGCCGGUGAACUCUAUGUCUUUAACACGCCUGGUCGUAAACCCUCUUUAGAGGCCCAUAUGCGGAACUUGUCAGUUAGCUAUGAUAUUCCACCAACACCUGGAAGUAACUGCACCUACCAGGUUCCUCGUACAGCUGGGAUAGAAGCUGUUUCGGGGGCCACAGAUGUGGUACCACCCCCUCGUCCGCCUAAGCCUUUACUGACCACUGGAUCAGUCCAACCUGAGCGCUCACCCACGGACACAUAUGUGGUGCCACGGUCGAUGUCGGAGACUGACGGAAAUUACUGCGUGCCAUCUAGUGCAGGAGGGAGCAAAGCACUAUGGAGCAACACUGGUACAGUGGAUUGUCUGCGGAAAGAUUACGGAUCUCAAGACUGCUAUGAUAUACCCCGUCCCUUCCCCUCAGAUAAAAGUUGCUCAUUUGAUUUUAACGAAAGCUUCAACAGCUAUUUUAAGAAUAAAGGCAUGGUGCCAGUAGGAGGUGAGGAGAUGAAUGAGAACUAUGUGCCCAUGAGCGUCCACUCUACCUCACAUCCGCGCUCCAGCAGCCUAUCAGAACCCAUCCAGGAGCCCAACUAUGUGCCCAUGACACCGGGCACAGUGGAGUUCUCCUCCCUCGGAAAACAGGUGCCUCCUCCUGCCCACAUGGGCUUCCGCUCCAGCCCCAAGACCCCACCACGUAGACCGGUGCACAUCCCCGAAUGCCAACCACCACCCGUAGACCGCAACCUCAAACCUGACCGUAAAGGUCAGAGCCCUAAAAUAAACAGAGCAGUCGGUCUUGAGCGAACCGACUCCCAAACCAUAGGUGAAUUCUCAAGACGGCGUAAGGUUAAGCCGGCCCCUUUGGAGAUCAAGCCUCUAGCUGAGUGGGAGGAGUGUACGGCGCCGGUGCGUUCCCCCGUGACCAGGUCCUUCACGAGGGACCCUUCUAGGUGUACCACGGCCCCCAGACCAUCGUCGGGGCAUACCACUGCCUCCAGCAGCGACUCCGACGACUGUGAUGAGAAUUAUAACAUGAAGCUAGGAGCACCAAUGAAUGCUGAUGGAGGUGGCAGUCCCAUGGUAAAGCCCAAAGGAGACAAGCAGGUGGAGUACCUGGACCUCGACUUGGACACUGGGAUAUCGACUCCUCCUCGGAAGAAGAAGAGUAACGGGACUGGUAUUUCAGCAUCAGAUGAGCGGGUAGACUAUGUGGUGGUGGAUCAGCAACGAACGCAAGCACUGAAGAGCACACGUGAGGCCUGGAGUGACGAACGGCAGUCAACGGAUCAAGAUCCCAACAACAAAGGGGCCAAAUGACACCCAUCUCUGUCCUCUUUUCUGCAAGGUCAUGACUCACAGGGGCCGAGGAAUGGAGGUCGCUGCACAUGCUCUGAACCUCCUAUCCAGUCUCCAUGAUUUUAGAUACAGCUGUGUGACAGCGCCUAGGUCAAGCUCCCAGAUCAGCUAGUUUACACUGCUUCCUGCUAGAUGACGCACCCAUGCAGGGGAGAGCUGAACCGAGGGAUCCUUAUGUAUAAGCUGACAGACUCCAAGUAGGAUGGACCGCACUCUGCACAGGGGCUGAAGGACUUGUCGAGCCUUUUUGGCUGAAAGACUAGUGAAAAAUACACUAACAGAGCAGCAUUUUUCAUACAACGUGGAUAGUCACUGCCCCCCCCCCGACUCAUCAGCUCAGACAGUUUCAGAUUUUUUGAUAUUGUCUUUCCAACAUCGUGGUGAUAAAGCACAUUAUUCCAUGGGCUGGGGUGCAUCAGGUCUGUUGAAUUUAUCUGUCCUCAAGGGCUUUAAAAAAAAAAAAUGUAACAAUGUUCCAUGUUCACAAAACUGCCACUGGGGUUUUAGGAUGUUUUUUUUUUUAGUUCCAUGAAAAUCUGAAGCCUUUGCACAUCUAGGUUUCUUCUUUUAUUCUUUUCUCUUUUUUUCAAUUUGUUUUAUUCUUUUGAGCCUCAGUUGUAAUUCGGUAGUGCAAUCAAAAGGUUUUGAGUUGCUUGAGCCGCAAAUCUACUAAGUUUGGUUUGUUUGAAACUGAAUAUAGUUUUGCAUUUAAGACAGCAGACAGACUGUAUAAAGUGUUAUGUACAUGAAUAAAGGUGUCCUUUAUUUGUAUCUAAUAUCUAGUAUGUUAAGGCUAAGGUGUAGAUUCUGCAGGAUAGAAGUCUACGCGGUCUGUGAUGGUAUCAGAAGCUAUGAAAUCGUAUUGGUGGAAUCUGGAACUGUGAUUGUUUUUAACAGAGAAGAGAUUUCUCAGUUUUUUGUGUUUUAUGUUUUUGGUUUGUCCUCUCUUUUAUUUUGAUUCAAAGCAAGGUAUCAAUUUACAAAGCGCAGAGGUCAGGUACUCACUGAAAGGUUUUAACAGAUUUCAUUUAUUUUAUUUUAUUUUGCAGCUAUAGAUGACGUCUUUAGUGUUGCAAAUGAUAUGUUCUCAUAGAAACCUUUUAAAAUUGCUUACGACGCAAGAUGUUAUUAAAAAGGCUGUGUGCUGUAUGAGAUGCCUUCAUGGAGGGGCAGAAAAGCAAGUCAAGUAGUUUCAGGAAUUUUAUGAUGUUUCUUUAUUCUCUGUGUGACUGGUCUAUCAAUGCAUUUUAUUGCAACAUCAAUAAUUUAUUUCAGAUGUCCCACAGCUCUUGGAGACUAAUUACCAUUGCAGCUUUUUUUGAAUGUUGUAAAUAUGAUCCAUUCAGUGAUUUCAGCCCAUGUCAGAAUACAUCAGCAUAGAACUUUACUGUGUGUGUACAAUAAAAUAGCUUUACUAACUACCAUUCUUAAGCCAAGAAGACACUGUUGCUGUGUUUCAACACCAUUGGUGGCUUCUGAAGCUGUAUAUAUAGAUACAGGCUUUUCAAGCAUGUCUUCUGAUUCAAAGCUGUGCCUAUAUUGUUUCCCUUCUACUCAAAACCUUUUUUUCUUUAAGUCCUCAGACCCUGAUGCUUUAUAUCUUUUUUGAAUGAAUCUGAAAGAAAUGUACAUUUUAAAAUAAACUCAAUAAAAAAAUAAUACUUGAGA